GUCCCCGCGUCUGGCGCUGCCCGCGCGGCGAGGGGCGGCAGGGCCGCGCCGGGCGGGGCGGGGGCGGAUCCUACCGCGGCACAGGCCCAGCACCCGCGGGGGGAGCGGCGCUGUCCGCUUGCACCCCCUGGCGGCGGGGAAGGGCAGUGCCCACCGCGCCCGGUCGCAGGUGCUGGCAGGCGUUGCGGAGCGCAACUCCGUUCCGCAAUUAAAAGGCUUUCAGAAAAAACAAUGAAUCCAUUUCUGGAUCUUCUCCGGUUCCUAGCCACACUCAUCUACGCCUACUUAGAGGCUUUCGUAAAGCUUUUUGUCCCUGUGAAGAGAAAGUCUGUCAGCGGAGAACUCGUCCUCAUCACGGGUGCUGGCCACGGCGUCGGGAGAGCCACUGCCUGCGAGUUCGCCAAGCGGCAAAGCAGGCUGGUACUGUGGGACAUUAAUAAGCACGGCAUCGAGGACACGGCAGCAGAAUGCAGAAGGCUGGGAGCAACUGUUCAAACCUUUGUGGUGGACUGCAGCAAAAGGGAGGAAAUCUACAGCGCUGCAGAGAAGGUGAGAAAGGACAUUGGGGAUGUCUCCAUCCUGGUGAAUAACGCUGGUGUGAUUACGACUGCUGACCUGCUCUCAACUCGGGACGAGCAGAUUGAAAGGAUGUUUGAAGUCAACAUUCUUGCUCACAUCUGGACAACAAGAGCUUUUCUGCCAACCAUGAUGGACAACAACUAUGGCCACAUCGUCACAGUGGCUUCGGCGGCAGGUCAUUUUGUGACUUCUUUCAUGGUGACAUACUGUUCAAGCAAGUUUGCGGCAGUUGGAUUUCAUAAAGGUCUGACAGAGGAGCUGUCUACCCUGAGAAAGGAUGGAAUAAAAACAACGUGUCUCUGUCCUGUUUUUAUAAACACCGGAUUUGUCAAAAACCCCAGCAUAAGGCUUGGAAAGAUUUUGGAGAUUGACGAAGUUGUAGAAGCUUUGAUGGAAGGAAUACUGACCAACCAGAAAAUGGUUUUUGUCCCACCACAUCUAAGCCUUGCUUUACUUUCUGAAAUGUUGCUUCCAGAACGUGCCAUUGAUUUUCUGAAAAAGAUGACCAAUACCAAGUUUGAUGCAGUGGUUGGGCAGAGAAGCACUCAGUGAAAAGCAAAAAUUGAUUCUCAUUUCUCAAUGGCACAAGUGAAAACAGAACACAUGCUGAGCGUAAGGCAGCUGGUUUGAUUCAGAGCAGGGCUGGGCACAUGCUUCCAGGCCACCAUUUCCAAGAACACCUAAGGGUUCAUCCCACACCUGCAGCAAGGAUGUAACUGCAAAACACAGAGCAUUAAUGAAGCAGCUCUAGAAGCCUAAGGGCUGCUUCAGCUGCACGUCACAUCGCCUCAUCUCCUAGUGCUGAGGCAGAAAGGAACCCCCACAAAGCCCAUCUCUGGCUUAGCACAGCUGCUUUACUGAGUGCAAAGGGGUGGCCUGAGACUACAUUGAUCUGGACUGAUCCCUGAGCAAAAGUGUCGUACAAGAAGCAGUUUAUAGGGGAGGUAGGUGGCCUGCUUCAUCUCCAUUUAUCUUUUCAACUUUUUUUUUUAAUGUGGUCUAAUGAACACUCAAAGAGUUUUGUGUGCUUUUGUAGUGAGUACCUGAAAUAUUACAGGCUUAUAUGUACUGAAAGAAAUACAUUACACAUACCUCUUACAUAGUAAUUACGUCAAUGAUUCAUUUUGCAUUAGCACCAUGAACACGCCUUAUUCCAAAUAAACAGAGUUCUCUAACCCA